ACAGCCAACCAUCCAAACGAAAUUUAAGAUAAAUGUACAAAAAGUGUUGUUGAAUUAAGAACCAUUAUCACUAACAACUAAAAAAAUAUUCGCUUUUAAUCAGGUUUGGAAUUUACGAAAUGCCUGGACGCAUGGAUACUGAUGAAAAUGAUUGUGUGAUGCCAGUUCGAUCUGCUAAUCCGAUACGCGCAAAAAGUUUGAUACGCGACAAUUUGGAGAAACAAGCCUUAAUAAAUUCAUUACACUCCAGAAUGCCAAACAUUAAAGUGUUUUCGGGUACAUCGCAUCCGGAUUUGGCCCAAAGGAUUGUCGACCGUUUGGGUAUCGAUUUGGGCAAAGUCGUAACGAAAAAAUUCAGUAAUUUGGAAACAUGUGUUGAAAUCGGUGAAUCUGUACGUGGCGAAGAUGUCUAUAUUGUACAAUCUGGUUCCGGUGAGAUUAACGAUAAUUUAAUGGAGUUGCUGAUUAUGAUCAAUGCAUGCAAGAUUGCCUCAGCAUCUCGUGUUACAGCUGUGAUUCCUUGUUUCCCAUAUGCCCGCCAAGAUAAAAAAGAUAAGCUGGCUGGCUCAGAUGAUGGCGGUGAAAAGCGUAUUAAAAACUUCGAUUGGAAAUUUAGGAGUCGUGCUCCUAUCUCGGCGAAAUUGGUUGCAAAUAUGCUAUCAGUGGCCGGUGCAGAUCACAUUAUAACCAUGGAUUUGCAUGCAUCACAAAUUCAGGGUUUCUUUGAUAUACCGGUUGACAAUCUUUAUGCUGAACCAGCCGUCUUAAAAUGGAUCAAAGAAAACAUUCCAGAAUGGAAGAAUUCUAUUAUUGUCUCACCAGAUGCUGGUGGUGCUAAACGUGUUACGUCCAUUGCUGAUCGUCUCAAUGUUGAGUUCGCUUUAAUUCACAAGGAACGUAAGAAGGCCAACGAAGUGGCUUCUAUGGUGCUUGUCGGUGAUGUUAAGGAUAAAAUCGCCAUAUUGGUCGAUGAUAUGGCUGAUACUUGUGGUACAAUUGUGCAUGCUGCCGAUCGUCUCGUUGAAGCAGGUGCUACCAAGGUCUAUGCCAUUUUAACACAUGGCAUCUUUUCGGGACCAGCGAUUUCACGCAUCAACAAUGCUUGUUUCGAGGCUGUGGUUGUAACAAAUACCAUACCUCAAGAUGGUCACAUGAGAGACUGUCCCAAAAUCCAGUGCAUUGAUGUCUCUAUGAUGUUUGCCGAGGCUGUGCGAAGAACACACAAUGGCGAAAGUGUUUCUUAUCUUUUCUCAAAUGUUCCAUAUUAAGAACUACUUUUAAACAAUAUAAUUUUUUAAAUUUUUUUUAAAUAUACUUUUAUAAUUUUAAUUCAAAUACUUUAAACAACAAUAAUAUUUUUUUCUUUUCCUAAUUUCAUAUACAAACACAAAAAAAAAACUACCAACCACAACCUCUACUUUAAUUGAUUUUGUUUAAAAAACAUUAUGAUGUUAUAUUUUUGCCAUUGUUUAUAACGUUUUUUUGAAAUAUUUUUUAUUUAUAAAAAAUAUUUUUCUUAUUUUCGUUCUGUUAAUGAAUACUUUUAUUUUCUUUUUUUUCUUUCUAAACAUAAUUUUUAAAAAAACACAUACAUAAUUUAAUUAAGACGAUGUUAAAAAUUGCUUUGCCAUUUAAAUGAAAAAUCACUGUUUUUAAAAAGAUUUUAAAUUUAGUUAAAAUAAAUUUAUUAAACACUCACACACCACUUACACUUUAACAAAAAAAUAAAUAAAAUUGUACUCAUUUUAAUUUUUUUCUAACUAAAACAAAAGAACAUUUAAAUUUUUACUCAUCUUGUAAACAAAUUUUCUCAACAUAUUUUUCUAACACCUUUUAUUUGUUUUAUGAUUUUUUAACCACAAUCAGAGCACUUUUGAUCAGAAAAAAAUUAAAUUCAAAUAUUUUUUAUAUAGCAUAUUAAGAUUGUUUCACUAAAGAAAGAAAUAUACAAACAAAAAAAAAACAUUGAAUAGUAAAAAAUCAACUCUUGGAAAUAAUUUACAAAUUAAAGUAAAUAUUUAAAACAUAAAUAAAACAAAAAUAAUCAUUGUUAUAGUUAAGUCUUCAUUAUUAAAACGCAUAGUUCAAGAAAACAAAAAUAAACAUAAUUUGAAAGUAAAUUAAAAAAAAAACAAACAAAGUAAAAAAAAUUAAUAAUUAAAAUAAUGAAUAACUAAAGUAAACAAAAAAAACAUACAGAAAAAAUAAAUAAAUACAUAUAAGACAAAAAA